CUCCCAUCUCCCAUCGCCUCCGCUCGUCAGCACUAGUCAACAUGGCCACUCUGCAACAUCACAGGCAGCUUCUUAUGCACGGCACCGAGGUGAGCUGCGACUCAGCCAGGGGUGAUGGCGCCAUCACGGUGCGGAUUGCCAAUAAUUCCACCCGGAUGCAGCAGCAACAGCCUCAUGAGCCACUUCGGGUUGCAAAGAGUGAAGGAGGAGUGGGAGGAGGGGGGGGUGCCAGUAAAGUGAAACCUGCCCUCCACAAGUACAGUAUCUCCUCCAGCUGCAGCUCAGCAGACUCCAGACCCGUCAUAACUUACACUUCCCAUGUGCAGAAGAAGGCCCCUCCGCUGUUUGAACGCUCCGCCGCCCAGUGCUGGGACCCCAAGUUUGACUCCUCCGUCCUGGAGGAUGCCUGCCAGGAAAGGUGCUUUCCACAGAAGCAGAGGCGCUUCCGCUAUGUCCUCUUCUACCUGGCAGUGGCUUCCCUACUCUGGGGGGUGUACUUUGGGGUGAACAGUGACCGCUGUCGUCCCGUGACCUUCCUCGCCCCCACUGCCUCCUUUCUGGCCUUGCUGGUGCUUCUGUUUUUAUUCACCUUCACCAAGCCGUACAUGUGGCUGUACAACCAGACCUCCCUGCUGCUAAUAGUCCUUACGUUUGCCAUCACUUUGGCUCCACAGAUGCAAACUGCUACCUAUGACUGGGCUGCCGAAGUGAACGCAUCGUACACCUCUCUGAACAAAGAGAUUCCACCUCAGAUGUCCUGCAUCUCCCCCGUUGGCACCUUUUCCCUCUGCAUCGAGGUCCUGCUAUUGGUAUACAGCGUCCUCCAUGUCCGUCUGUAUGCCUCAGUGAUGCUGAGCCUCCUGUAUUCUGUCUUAUUCGAGGCUUUAGGAUGGCUGCCCCUGCUUCAGAGGAAUUAUGAAGCUACUGGACAGGUGUCAAGUUUGCAAAACACGCUCCUCUGGCUUGGACCGGGCAAGGGUCUACUCCACCUGUGCGCGCACGUCAUUGGCAUUCAUCUUUUUAUCAUGUCCGAGGUGCGAUCCCGCAACACCUUUCUUAAAGUGGGCCAAGCCAUAAUGCACGGCAAAGACUUGGAGGUGGAGAAGGCCUUGAAGGAAAGGAUGAUCCACUCGGUCAUGCCGAGACGAGUUGCAGACGAGCUGAGGAAGCAGGGCGAUGAUGAGGGCGGCGGUGAGAAUUCGGGCAAGAGAUAUUCCUCCGGCGCCUGCUCUGCCUCGGCUGUGGCAGUGGGCAGCGGCGGGAGCGGAGGAGCUCUACAAAGCCAAAGUGUUAUAAGUUCUAAGAAUAACCCUCAUAGCAAUCACAGACGUAAAAAGACCUCAAUACCCCGAGGACAGAUAAUAUUCAGACCCUUUAACAUGACACGCAUGGAGCCUGUCAGCAUCCUCUUCGCCGACAUUGUGGGCUUCACAAAAAUGUCCGCCAACAAGAAGGCGCCGGCCCUGGUGGGUCUCCUCAACGACCUGUUUGGACGUUUUGACAGACUCUGCGAAUUGACCUGCUGCGAAAAGAUCAGCACGCUGGGAGACUGCUACUACUGCGUGGCAGGGUGCCCCGAUCCCAGACCAGACCACGCGUACUGCUGCGUCGAGAUGGGACUCGGCAUGAUCCAGGCCAUCGAGCAGUUCUGCCAGGAGACGUGCGAGACGGUCAACAUGCGGGUCGGCGUCCACACGGGCACCGUGCUGUGUGGGAUCCUGGGAAUGAAGAGGUUCAAGUUUGACGUGUGGUCGAACGACGUCAAUCUGGCGAACUUGAUGGAGCAGCUGGGCAUGGCGGGGAAGGUUCAUCUGUCCGAAGCUACUGCCCAGUUCCUGGACGACCGCUACCAGAGGGAGGACGGGCAGGUGGCCGAGAGAGCAGGGCAGAGUGCAAUCGAGAAACUGAAAGGAAUGAAAACGUACCUGAUCUCAGGAAGGAAGCCAGACCAUGAUGUGCAGUGUGGCUGCUCUCAGGUGGGGCUGCCUGGUGGGGAGUUUGCAGGGGUCAACGUGCCCUCCUGCCCUCAGCCUCGUACCCCGGACCUCAUCCACGGAGCAGCACAGGCUGCCGAGUCCCUUCUGCCUCACAAACCAUCGGACAGAACUGUGCCUCCCUGUGUUUUCCAUGGCACCGUGCACUCGUCCAUGGCAGAGCAGGGCGAUGAUGUGGCUGUUGUGAACGGCUGCCAGGAGGAAAACAAGGCCAGCGGCGCCAAGUUCCUGCCAGGCCACAGCCCGAAAGCGGUCAACGGUCUCUUGAGCCCCCCGCUGGAGGACGCCGUGCGUGCCAGCCAGAGCUCCCUGUGCGACAUCCUCCAGGAGAAAGAGAAGAAGACCAGCACCAGCACGGGGACCGGCACAAGCCUCGGCAUGGCGGUGGCGGCGGCAGGCACAGGCAUGGACCACUCUGCCCUCAUCCAGCUGCGUGCUAAGAACUUCAAACGGAAAAGCGACGCCCACUUCGUGGACGUUAUCGGGGAGGAACGUCUGAUGGAGGACUACUUUUUCAAGCCGCCCAUCAACAAGAUCAGUUUGGACUUUCUGGAAAGGUCCCUGGAGAAGGCGUAUCGCAGCAGCUACAAAGAAGAGGUGAAGAACCAGGUUCCGGUGCAGACGUUCGCCAGCCCCACCUUCAGCUCCAUCCUGGACGUUCUCCUCAGCUGCUUCGUCUUCCUGGCCUUGACCGUGGCCUGCUUCCUUCCGUCUCUGGUGGACCCGGCCACGGCGGGCCCCCCGGCGCUCGCUGCCCUGAUCCUGGCUCCUCUGGCCGGGUUGUUGGAGCUGGCCUCGCUGGUGUUCUCCGUACGCAUGACCUUCCACCUGGAGGAGCUGAGGAGAUGUACUCGCUCCCUGGCCUUGCUGGUGUCCGGCUGGGUCUCUCGUCAUCUGAUCGGCGCAGUGUUGGUCUCCCUUCCCGCCGUCUCCGUCUUGUCCCACGUCAGCGCCCGCCUUCCCCUCCAGGUGACCAUGUUCCUGUGCUGUGCCGCCAUCUUGGCCAUAAUCCAGUACUGUAACUUCUGUCAGCUGAGUUUUUGGAUGAGGUCCGUCUUCGCCACCAUCACCGGACUCGCUCUGCUGCUGAUGCUGUACAGUCCUGUUCACAGCUCAAGUAAUAACGCCGUGCCGGUUCAUGGGCUGAACGCCUCCGCCUCCAGCGAUGGUGCGUCCGAGUUGAGCCCAGACACGUCGAGGCUCUCUGACUUCCUGGUCACGGAGGCCAUCCUGGCCUUCUUCCUGCUUCUCCUUCUGGUCUGGUUCCUCAAUCGUGAGUCCGAAGUUAGCUACCGCCUUCAUUACCACGGCACCGUGGAGGCUGACAAGCACCGCUCCAAAAUCCAGACGAUGCGAGACCAGGCUGAGUGGCUGCUCGGCAACAUCAUCCCCAUCCAUGUGGCCGACCAGCUCAAGGAGACCCAGAGCUACUCUAAGAACCACGACAGCGUGGGGGUGAUCUUCGCCAGCAUCGCCAACUUCAGCGAGUUCUACGAAGAGAGCUACGAGGGCGGGAAGGAGUGCUACCGCGUCCUGAACGAGCUGAUCGGAGACUUCGACGAGCUCCUCCGCAAGCCCGAGUUCAGGAGCGUGGAGAAAAUCAAGACCAUCGGCUCCACCUACAUGGCGGCGUCGGGGCUCAACGUCCAGCAGAUGGGGGACGACGAAGACGAGUCGCCCCACGCGCACCUGAGGGCGCUUUUCGACUUCGCCCUGGAGAUGAUGGGCGUCCUGGACGACUUCAACAAGAACAUGCUGGGCUUCGGUUUCAAGCUGCGCAUCGGGUUCAACCACGGGCCCCUGACGGCGGGAGUGAUCGGCACGACCAAGCUGCUCUACGACAUCUGGGGGGACACGGUCAACAUCGCCAGCCGGAUGGACUCGACCGGCGUGGAGUGUCGGGUGCAGGUGAGCGAGGAGAGCCACGCCGUCCUCAGCGCCAUGGGCUUGGAGUUCGACUACAGGGGGACGGUCAAUGUCAAGGGCAAAGGCCAAAUGAGGACUUUUCUCUACCCGAAAAGCGGGGAGAGCUUUUGCCAGGACCAAACGGAGCCAGCAGCCGGAGUUGGACCGACAAUAUUAACUUCCAGUAAGCCUUCCUCCUCUCUUCCCAAUCAGUCCCCUCCACCCCAAAGCACUGUAAGGGCUGCAGGAGCAAAAUCCGAGCCUGACCCGGCGACAAGCGUAGAAGAGAGGGAUGAAGGAUACAGGAACUUAGCACACAUCCCUGAGGAGUCCCCCGACAGACACUUCAGCAGCCUUGCAUGCUCCAAGCCAGGCCCAGCUGCGCAGACGGAUCCCGCUCCUCUCACGUUUCAGGAGGAGGAAGAAGCGAACGAGCUGACGAAGCUCAACGAGGAGUUUUACGCUCGUCUCUGAUCGUAGAUCCCGCCAUUCUUCCGUCUUCUUCUCCCCCGCUUCCACCUCUUUAGGACCGAUUACAGAUGCCGGCAAGGACGUCUCUUCCUUUCCUCCUUUGGCAUAGAAGAAGCAGCUGAUCGUUUCAACGCACACCGCAUUGAAAAUCGGGGCCAGGGAGCCACCGCCGAUCUUCUACGGAAGUGUUGCCCGAGCGGCUAUAACGGUGGAUUUUGGAGCUGUGCUGAGCACAGCAGCUUGUCACGAUGAAAAAGCAUGAAGAAGGAAGAAAAAGGAACAUUUUUAAGGUGUUAUGUCUUUUCUUAAUAUUUUUAUUAAGUGCCUUCAGGACUAGAACAGUGAACGAACAAAUAUGAAAAGUGAACAAGAGUUGAACAACCCAGACUACAGAUCGUGCUGUAGUCUCUUAUUUCAUCCUUUAUUUUUUAAUGAAAGUAUUGUUUUUCUUCUUUUUUUUCUUCUUUUAUAAAUCAUUACCGUUGUGCCAUAUCAAUCGCUAAGGAAAAAUCAUUUUAGUUUUUAUGUAAGUGCCAACGCCGUGUUAUGGGCUUAGUGGAAAAUUAGGGGAAAAUUGAGGGAAUUGCACAAAGCAGUGUUAAUAUUACGUAUACUGCUUUGACAUAAGGGCCUAAAUACAGUAUUCAUUUAUGCCCAGAGAUUCACUUAUAAGAGGAUAUGCUGCAAAAGCAGGCUGCUUCGACGAUCUAAAAAAAUUUUUUUUUUAGCUUGUGUAGCAACUUGACAAACAUUUUAAGCACAGUUCUUGCACAGUGUUUUUGUUUUAUUUUUACCACUUGUAUUUAGCAGUUUUUACAGCUUGAUUGCUUCUUAAGAGAUGUUGAGGAAAGAUCUUACAG